AUGAAUUGCCUUCCUGACUCUUCGGCAACAGACGAAUUCCAUGAACUCUUCCUACUGGCUGUUAGGCUCCAUGCUCUUGAGAAUGCCAAGUCUGCAGAAGAUCAGCAGAUGAAUCAAAACCAGAUCUCCGUUCCCUUGCCAGAAAUGGUGCAGGCAAAUAAUGACUCGCUCAGCCCCCAAGAAGGCUCUAUCGCAGCGGGGAUCGCAGUCUCGGUUGCUCCCAGUCCGGCUGAAGUACCUCCCCAGGCGGGACAACUCCAAAAUCAUUUACCGGAGUCGACAACGGAGCUCCCAUCAAAUCAAACCCGAUUCUUCUGCACACACCCCGGCUGCGACGACUCCGCUGAUACUCGCUUCAAUCUCAAAAGACAUAUGGAGAUCCACACACCGGUGGAAGAGAGAGCUCCCAGGAUUCUCUGUGAGAAGCAAGGCUGUGACAGCACCUUUGGAAGGCCAGCCGAUUACAAAAGGCACAAAAUUAAAUUCCACCCGGAGAUGUUCAAUGCCCAGAACCCGGUUGCAAACACCGGUACCAAUCAGAAACCAGUGGUCACUUUGCCAGGCAUAUGA